GGAGCGAAAGGCGGAGGUGUCGUUGGAAUUUUGCAAAUGGCGGAGACGACGUCGUUUGCGAGGAACAGAUACUGGGUACUGAGGCACGGCAAGAGCAUUCCGAAUGAGAAAGGCCUAAUCGUCUCCUCCAUGGAAAAUGGGACGCGCCCAGAGUAUCAAUUGGCGCCGGAAGGUGUUGAUCAAGCAAAACGGGCUGGAGAGUUGUUCCGAAAGGUACUUGAGGAAAAUAGCAUGCCAAUUGAAAAUGUUCGCAUUUGCUAUUCUCCCUUUUCGAGAACAAGACAGACUGCUGAAGUUGUUGCAUCUGUCUUGAAUAUUCAGUUUGAGGGUGCUCAAUGUAAGGUGAUGGAAAACCUCCGCGAACGCUUCUUUGGUCCUUCAUAUGAGCUCAUGUCACAUGAUAAAUAUCACGAAGUAUGGGCUAUUGAUGAGAAAGAUCCACUCAUGAAGCCAGAAGGAGGAGAAAGUGUCGAUGAUGUUGCAUCUAGACUUGUAGAGGCUAUUGCAAACAUAGAAUCACUAUUUCAAGGGUGCACAAUCUUAGUUGUUAGUCAUGGCGAUACCCUACAAAUCUUGCAGACAAUAUUGAAUUCUGCUAAGCCUGAUGCAGCAUCCACCUAUGAUGACUUGACUUCAAGAAUGCAAACAGUAAGAACCCCUUCCAUCUUGUCAGAGCACCGGAAAUUUUCCUUGCUUACUGCAGAGCUUCGGGCAGUUAUAUGAAUGUUACACGUCCAGGUCUAAAUACAUAUCAAGGGCAUCAAACAUGAGUAUGUCGCAAUAGGAGGAGCAUUGGAGCAUCCAAAAUAGACACUCCCAAAUCUAAAGGCACCGGUGCCUCUUGAAACUUUUCAAUUGAAGAGCAAAAUUCUUAAGCAAGUCUCCAUCUCUAUCUCCACCAUAAGCUUGGAAGGAACCAAGCCUUUCCAAAUUCAGGGUGUACCAGAUAUGUUAGCACCUUUCCAUCAUCUAAAUAGGAGACGUCCAGAACUCCAUCUCCCAAGAUAUAAAUGCAAUUCCCCUCUAAAUCUUUGUUGACAUUACAUGCCAAAAUCGACAAGAGAGUACUAUAUUAAAAUAUAGUACCCGACUGUACUAAUACUACAAUUUGGGGAAUUAUA